AUGGCGAAGAUAACUAGAGUUGGGUCAGCAUCCCCUCCAGACGGAGGCUGGGGCUGGAUGAUAGUGGCUGGCUGCUUCCUUGUUACCAUCUGUACCCGGGCAGUUACCAGAUGUAUCUCCAUUUUCUUUGUGGAGUUCCAGACAUACUUUGCUCAGGAUUACUCACAAACAGCCUGGAUCCAUUCCAUUGUAGACUGUAUGACAAUGCUCUGUGCUCCACUUGGGAGCGUUGUCAGUAACCACUUAUCCUGUCAAGUGGGAAUCAUGCUGGGUGGCUUGCUGGCAUCUACUGGUUUCAUCCUGGGAUCAUUUGCCACCAGCCUGAAGCAUCUCUACCUCACCCUGGGAGUUCUUACAGGUCUUGGAUUUGCACUUUGUUAUUCUCCGGCUAUUGCCAUGGUCGGCAAGUAUUUCAGCAGGCGGAAAGCCCUGGCUUAUGGGAUCGCCAUGUCGGGCAGUGGCAUCGGCACCUUCAUCCUGGCUCCUGUUGUUCAGCUCCUUAUCGAACAGUUUUCCUGGCGAGGGGCACUGCUCAUUCUUGGAGGGUUCGUCUUGAAUCUCUGUGUCUGUGGCGCUUUGAUGCGUCCAAUUACUCUUAAAGAGGACCGUUCGGGUCCAGAGAAUAAUCGUUACCAUGGAACGCAGAGAGAAGACUGUAAGCAGGCAUCCCCCUAUUCACCUCAGACCAAAGAAUGGGCACAGACCUGUCUUUGCUGCUCUUUGCAGCAGGAAUACGGUUUUUUACUGAUGUCGGACUUCGUCGUGUUAGCCAUCUCGGUUCUGUUCAUGGCUUACGGUUGCAGCCCUCUCUUUGUGUACUUGGUGCCCUACGCUCUGAGUGUCGGAGUGAGCCACCAUCAAGCUGCUUUCCUUAUGUCCAUACUCGGGGUGAUAGAUAUUGUCGGCAACAUUACAUUUGGAUGGCUUACUGACAGAAGGUGUUUGAAGAAUUACCGGUAUGUUUGCUACCUCUUUGCUGUGGCACUAGAUGGGCUGUGCUAUCUGUGCCUCCCAAUGCUUCAAAGUUUCCCCCUUCUUGUGCCUUUCUCUUGUACUUUUGGCUACUUUGAUGGAGCCUACGUUACCUUGAUCCCAGUAGUGACUGCAGAGAUAGUGGGGACCACCUCUUUGUCAUCAGCACUUGGUGUGGUAUACUUCCUUCAUGCAGUGCCAUACUUGGUGAGCCCACCCAUUGCAGGAUGGCUGGUGGACACGACGGGCAGCUAUACUGCAGCAUUCCUUCUCUGUGGAUUUGCUAUGAUAUUUAGUUCCAUACUGCUUGGCUUUGCUAGAAUUGUAAAGAGGAUGAAGAGAACGCAGCUGCGGUACCUGGCCAAAGAAUCAGAUCCCAAGCUACCACUAUGGACCAAUGGAUCGGUGGCCUACUCUGUAGCAAGGGAGCUAGAUCAGAAAGAUGAGGAAUCCAUGGCUACAGCUGUGCCAAGUUGCAAACUCACGUGA